UGGAUGGGUGAGGUGUGUGGGUGAUGCUUUGUGAGUUGAGUGUAUGUAUGUCUAACUGGCAUUGUUGGCUAGAUGGGCUGGGUUUCGAUUCUUGAUAUGGUAUUUUGGUUCUAGAUUUUGGGGGUGAUUGUAAGAUUAAUAUCUUUGGGAUUAUGGGAAUUUAUCUGCCGGGGCUAUCCAGGUUGGUGGAUGAGUUGUACGAGUUAACGAGUAAUGAAUUGAUGAUUCUACAUUAAUAGAACAUUUGGAUAUAGAAAUAUUGUGAUAUAUGAUGAAUGUAUCGAUUGCAUGGCCCACGUUAAAGUUUGCAUGGAAAUGUACCGCCUGGGACAUACGUUGCUUACAAUAUCAUCAUGCAUUUCUCUUCAUCCCACUCCACUCACAACCAAUCAUUUCCCCCAAAAACCUUGGAUUACAUAAUCCCAGAAUGAAAUUGAGAAUCCUCGAUUUCCAUUUUCCCUAUUAAAAGUUUCACCACCCGGAACAAUGUCAUCUGAAAUAAUUACCCCAAAACCAAAACCAAAACCUGGAAUUCUGCUCAUUAAUAUUCUCGACAUCCAUCACAUGAAUUCAGACGAUAAGGUUCAACAUUAGCAUUAGUACAUUACACUACAAAUGACGUCAACAUCAAUGGUGGGGCAAUAACCUGCAUAAAGAAGCAAGGGAAGGGAAGCUUCUUUGAUAUUCAUAUUCAUAUCCAUAUUCAUAUCCAUAUUCAUAUCCAUAUUCAUAUCCAUAUUCAUAUUAUAUUCAUAUUAUAUUCAUAUUCAUCCUUGUUAUCGAUUACCAUCAACGAUUUUUAUAUUUAUCUAUCUUCAUAUCCUAGUCAUCGAAUAUCGGUAUACAUCGCAUCUUAAGAAGUGAGGUGGCUUAGUUCCAAGGUUGGUCUUUUAUUCUCGUGCUCGUCAUGUUGCGAUGAUGUUCUUGCUUGUUGAGGGAUGGCUUUCAUGCGAUGGAUGUCAUGGAUUACGUACGGAAUGGAGAUUCAGAAGUGGUUUAAUUCUGAGGAUGAUCUGAUUAUCUUGUUUGGAUUUGGUUGUCAAAUUCGAUGGAAUAUUGAGGAGUUAAGGACUGUUAGAAAGGAAAGAGCUGAUCAACUUUAGUAUCCAAACAAAGUCCUUUCCCAAUCUCACACACCAUCAAGAUGUAAGUUCUAUUUGAUUAUCUCUGCCUAUCUUUUCACUAGUCUUACCAUAACUUUCAUUUCUGCGCAAAGGAUAUGCUAUAACUAUGUUGCGACGGGGGAAUUCCAGCAGAGCUUCUGGAUCUGGAGAGAAAAAUAACCCUUUAAAGCAUUUGUUCGCACCCAUUCAUGAAUCCCCUUUCCUACGUCUACGUAGUCGUUGCAUCCGACCCAUUUUCAAUUACGCCGAUCAUCAGGUCGAGGUCAUAAUCGCUAACAUUACUAUUGUCAGGAAUCGAGCAUUAUCAAUCCGAUCCUCAGGAGGUAAAUCCUCUACCAAAGAUGGAUCCUCUUCCAAACAUUUCUCCCUCUCAUCUCUUCGUGGAAUGAAUCAACCAGAUCUCUCCAAGAAACUCUACAAACUCAUCAAGACGGAAAAUAAUCUCAUCACCGCAUAUGAAACUGCAGGCAAAGAACGUGUUUCGAUUGCUACUCAAUUAUCCGAAUGGGGUGAAGCUACGGAAGAUGAUGGCAUUUCGGAUAUUUCGGAUAAGAUUGGUGUAUUGUUGAGUGAGAUGGGAGAUCAGGAAGAUUAUUAUGCACAUAAUUUGGAUGAUUCAAGAGGGAUAUUGAAAGCUAUUCGAAAUACGGAGAAGAGUGUUCAACCCAGUCGAGAUCACAAACAUAAAUUAGAAGAUCAAAUUGCCAAAUUAAAGGCUAAGGAACCUCAGAGUGCUACGUUGGUUACUUUAGAGCAAGAGUUGGUCAGGGCAGAAGCAGAACAAUUGGUUGCUGAGGCUCAAUUAACAAAUAUUGUAAGUUUCUCUUUCUAAAGUCAUAGGUGGAGUAGAGCUGACAAGAUAAUUAUAGACGAGGAAGAAAAUCAAGCAAGCUUAUGAUGCAGAAUUUACGGCCACGAUCGAAAGAGCAGAGAAACAAAUUAUCCUUGCUCGUCAUGGACGUCGACUUUUAAAUCUUCUCGACGAUACACCAAUCGUACCAGGAAAUACUCGCCCACCUUUUGAACAUGCCGAACAAGCUAGACAAAUUCUCAACGACGCUGAAGAUGAUCUUCGAGAUUGGCAAUUAGAUUUGGAAGAUGACCAAUCACAUGGUAACGUCAAUUCUGGUGCAAUGCGUCAGGAGGGUGUUCAACAUCAACAAGGACAAAAUGUCGAGGGUUCUGUUGUUGGUACUGAGGAUGGUUAUCGUCAAGGACUUCAACAAUCUGAAGUAGAUGAGAGUAGAGUUAGUAGUGGACAACAAGUACCAGGAAGUUAUGCACCUAGUUUUACCGGAACUUCUGUUACGACUGGUCAAAUGGAAUCUACUUAUGCCCCGAGUGAGGUGGGUACUACUCAGGUUAAUCAACCUAGUGCGAUUUAAGGAUUCUUGGGGGUUUAGAAUUGAAGUGGAAAGAAUGGUUUAUGAUAUGGUGGAUGGGUGGAAUUGUAUUAUCGUUUUCUUUGCGUGAGGGUGGAUAUGGGAAUGUUGAUCACUCUUUGUAUUUUGUAAUCUCUCCUGUUUCUUUUAUGAUGAUUAAGAGUGUUAUAGUGGAAUGUUAUGGGUUUAUGAAUUUAAUAGGAUGAGAAUAAUAUGAUCU